AUGGAAAGUGAAAACAUAGAAUUAGUUGAUAAAAAAGAUGUAAUAAAUGAAAAAAAUAUUGAUGAAAAUAGUGAAGAGAAAGAACGCGCUAUUAAAAACCUUCGAGUAACUCAUUCAUCACCUUCAGAACAACGUGAUGAACUGUUACAGUUCAUAGUACGCAAAGAACAUAAAAUUUUGGAACUUCGUGAAGAGUUGAAACGUCACGAAGAAGAAUUACUAUUAUUAAAAAAACAAUGGCAAGCCAUUUCCUCCGAGGAUAUAAAUGCUGAAAAUACUUCCUCAAUAUUUUCGAUUCCGUCGAACAUUUCUAAUAAUAUUGAAGUUACUGGGUUUAUGAAUGGAUUAGGGAAAGGAAUUCAUAGUGUUAUAGGUGGUAUACAUAAUUUGAAAGAAAGCGAAGCAACUCGUGAAAAGUUAUCGCAGAUUAAAACGGCCGUUUCGGAGGUUGCAAAUAUUCGGUCGAUUCAACAAACUCGACAAAAAACCGCAGAUCUCACUUCUCAGGCUUGGUCCAACAUAAGCAAAGGAAUUUCCUCCUGGUCCUACAAGUCAGUCCCAACAGCAGAGACGUCGGAAACACCAACUAUCAAUACUGCAAUAUCACCGACAACAUCUCCAGGUACAACAUCUCCGACCUCGUCAAUAUCAAAAGAUCUUAUUUGGUCAGCUAUAAAUUCAGAUCUUGAUAGUGAAAAAAAACUAUCGAUUGACAAAGAUGACUCCAUCAACGAAAAAAAUUUUAAUAAUGAAAAGAUUGAAGGUGUGUUAGCAGGAUCUCCAAAAGAUGAAUUCGAAGAACAAUUGGUUUACGUUAUUGGUGAUGAUUUUGAUCUUGAAAACUUGGACCUUAAACGUACUUAUACUUUUGAAGAGUUUGAGUGGAUUAAUGAACAGCUUAAAAAAAAUUCAAUCGAAAUUGAUGGGCAACCCGUAGACCUCUUUGAAUUCAAAGAUAAUAAACUUGUACCAAUGCCACUGACUCCUAUAAAAUUUGAGGCUGUUGUUUUGGAAAUUGUAGCACAACUGAGGAAUUGGAAUGUCAUGACUGGUCAAAAUGGUAUUAUAACCUCAUCUCAAGGAGGAUUUAAUUUUAAUGUUGGUGGCAAAAAGACAAUUGAAGCUCCAGAUGUUGCAUUUGUUCCAAGGCGAGUAUAUGACAACUUGACUGAACAACAACGUAUAACCUUCAAGGGUGAACCAUUUUCCCCGAUUUUCGUUGUUGAAGUCGCAAACAUUACAAAAAGAUCAGUUUUCGAUAAAUUAGAUUCUAAAUUCAAAGACGAUUACCUUUCUGAAGAAUCAGCCGUCCAACUUGGAUGGCUGAUAGAUCCAGAAAAUAAAGAAGUUUUUGUAUACAAGAGGGGACGAAAUCGAUACCAUCAUGGAUGGAAAAACGUUGAUGGGGGUGAAACUCUGCCUAAAUUUAAAUUGAGAGUUCAAUUGAUCGAACAAGUCAUCGAU